AUGAUUACUACAUCAUUCCAUAACACUCCCCAACUUGAUCAACCCAAACGCAAAUGUCUUACCCUACAACUACGCAAGCCUGUUUCCCAAAUCACAUGCCGCAACACUGGGACUGAAAGCCCUUUACCAGACAUUGCUGAACUGGUUUCAGCAUUGUCUAAACAAGGCAAGAAGGGAGAGGACAAAGGGGAAGACAAGGAUAGGUACAAGGGUAACAGAGAGGACAAAGACAAAGGCAAGGGCGUGGCCAAGGGCAAGGGCAAAGGUGGGGGUGGGGGUGAAGGCAAACAUGUGGACAAGGGCAAGAGCAAGGGCAAGGGCAAGGGCAAGGGCAAGGGUGAGGAUGAAUAUCAGGAUGAAGGCAACAGCAAUGGCAACGGCAAUGGCAAUGGCAACAGCAAGGAUAAAAGAUCCAAACCAGUUGGGCAUAGUGAAACCAGUUGCAAACCAAAGACAAAAGGACAUAAAGGUUGUCCAGCAGGCUUGGCUGGGUAUCAAAAAGCUGAGGAGUGGAAGUUGGUUGAAGGUGUUGGAAUGUACAAGCCCCAAAGCAAGAUUGGAUGGCGCAAGACAGCCAAGUUGUCCUGGACAUGGUCACAUGACCAGUACAAGUGGUUGCAUGCUGGCCCAAGCCCAAAUUUGGGGGGUAGCAGGUGUAAUCAUGGGUUGUCAGCAGAGGAAUAA